CACAGAUGGGGUCCCGCUGGGUCGUAGCCUUGCUAAGCGCGCUUUGCUCGCUCGCCAGCGCCAGCGUGCAGAUCGGCAGCGACUGGCCCGCCGGGCCGCUGGGCGAGUCUACUUCGGCGCGGCGCGUGCUGCUGGACGCUGGCGGCGACGCUGCGUCGCGCGGACCGCCGCCCGAGGGCGUCGGCAUGUUCCACAUCAUCCUGUGGUCGUCGCUGGGCCUCGUCGUGGUCGGCUGGUUUGCUGUCCUCGCGAUGUUCAACAUGGACGUGGGCAACGACUCGCUGCUCUACUCCAAGGCGAAGAUGGAGUGAGUGCCUGAGACACGCGAUGGUCCGCGCAAAAACGGAUCGCUGGGUGAGCGCACUGUGGGCGGCGCAGGCCCGCUGCAGGGGCGCGACGGCCGCGGCGGGGCACGCGUGCGUGCACGCGCGCGCACGCGCGCGCACACGCGCGCCCAUUCGCGCCCACCUGCAGCGAAAUCUGCAACCUUACGUUACCUGUGCACAUUUUCGUCCUGUGUUCGCCGUCACGCAUGCCAGUCCCGCCAAGCAGAUAUUGCCCCCGCGCGCGCUGGGGAUGGAUGCUGCGCCUGCUUGCGUAGAGGGGCUUCCAAUCUCAUUAAGCGAAGGUGGUUGUU